GCCUCUUAUGGCCGUCCCUGCGCAUGCGUCCUCCCCGCCUCGGCGCUGCGGGAGGGCGGCGGGAGAGGAACCACACAGCCAGUGGUUGCUUUUCCUGCUGGAUUCAUCAUGAUAACUCCAGCUUUUGAACUGACCCAGGAUCCGGAUUUUCUUACAAUAAUAAUCAAAGUCCCUUAUGCCAGAGCUUCAGAGUUUGACUUGUAUUUUGAAGGGGAAGACUUCAAAUUUUAUGCUAAACCCUACUUUCUGAGGUUGACACUUCCUGGAAGAGUUGUGGAAGAUGGCAGAGAAAAAGCAUCAUAUAAUACAGACAAAGGAACUUUUACAAUUCAGUUACCUAAGGAGAUUCCUGGCCAGUAUUUUGAGGGGCUGGACAUGCUGACAUCUCUCCUAGCACCAAAGAAAUCAAGAUCAGCAAAGCCUUUAGUAGAAGAGAUAGCUGCCUCUGCUGAGGUGUCUGAAGAGGAGGAAGAAGAAUUUGACUGGGAAAUAGAGCAGACUCCUUACAAAGAAAGUGCUCAGCCACUGCAGAACUGUUAUGGGUUCGGGAAUCUGCGCUCAGGGGUUUUCCAGCGCCUGCAGGAUGAACUGAGUGAUGUUAUUGACAUCAGGGAUCCAGACCAGAUUCCUGUAGAUGAACGCAGGAGGAGACGCCUGGCAGCUGAGGCUGCCAAGUUUGACCCUGAUCAUUACCUAGCUGAUUUUUUUGAAGAUGAAGCUAUCCAGCAUGUUUUAAAGUACAAACCAUGGUGGGUUGAUGCUCAUAAAAAAAUGACAGCCUUGCAGGGAGAAAGUCAUCAAGAAGAGGACACUCCUAAAUUUGUUGUCUUCUCUGAAGAAGAGAGGGAGCAGCUAAGGAAGUUCACAAAUAAAUCUUAUCUUUUGGAUAAAAGAAGCUGUCAUCAUGUGUAUCUUGGUUUAAUUGAUAUCCUUCUGGCAUAUUGCUAUGAAAUCUGUGUCAAUGAAGGAGAGAAGAAUGUUGAAUCAUCAUGGAACAUCAGGAAACUGAGUGCAACAUUGUGCUGGCUGGAGAGUUUCAGUAACAUUCAUGAUGUCCUCAUCUCUUUUGGAAGAAGAGUGCUGUGCUAUCCCCUCUACAGACAUUUUGGGUUAGUGACACGUGCCCUCAAUGAUACAGCCAUGAUACUACAACUGGGAAAAGCUGGAGUUUUGAAGUGUCUGCUGGACAUCCACAAGAUUUUUAGGGAGAAUGACCCUGCCUACAUCCUUAAUGAUCUCUUCAUUACAGACUAUUGCAUCUGGAUUCAAAAAAGCAAGUCAAGGAAGUUGGCUGCUCUCUCAGAAUCCUUGCAGAAAACCACACUCACCAAGUCCCACCUAGGAUUUGAACUGGAAGAGCUGGAAGCAGCAGCAUUGCUGGUACAAGAGGAAGAGAGCCUGUUGAGAGCUGCUGGCACAGUUUCCAAGCAACAGCUGCCUUCCUCUGAGUCUGAGACAAGUGACUCUGAAGAAUCAAGCAGUACUUCAUCAUCUGAGACAGAAGGCUCUGAUUCAGAUGAGCUGGAGUCCUCAGCCAGUGAAGAUGGGAAAAAAAAUUCUUUACAAGGCACACUUCAAGGGGAGGGGACAGCUCCACUUAUUGACUGUAAUGGGUUGAGGCAGGGCACAAACAGUUUGGCGUUUGAGGUUAGUGAUGAAAAAUCAAAGGUUUCUUUGCCAUCUACAUCUGUUCCUGGAAAACUGAUAGAAGAAUUAGAAAAGCAAAUGCACACUGCAAUUAGACUUUCAGAACAGCCUGAAGGAUUGGCUACUGCAAGCUGUGUUUUACAGGAACAAGAAGAACCCUGUGUAUCUGAUCCUGACAGAUUUUCAAAAGAGAGCACUGGGAAGGGAAAUUUCUUGGAGGUGUCUUCAAAGGCAAACCCAUUGCUUUUUCUUUGCAGCACAAAUGAAGAUGAAGACUAAAGGACUGUAUCAGAACAUGGUGUGACCCACUGGCAACACAGCUUGUUGCUGUAAUGAGGUGUUCCCCAGGCUGUCCUGAAGCUGAUAUUUUUCUUUGUUGUCUUGACAGUUUGGAGGAUGAGACUUUGAAGGAAGUCUGUGACUUGAUGAAAGAUACCUUCAGAGUUAGAUUUUAAUUUUUCUUCUGUGAUUCAGCAGAGUCUGAGAUGUUUUUUUCUCUGCAUGUGGGAAUGUGUAAUUUCAAUAAACUUCUAGAAAGUUUUCAUUAAGCUUAUUUGGUAGUAGAGUGAUAUCCUAAUCAAACACAACUGAAAUGAGUUGCAGCAUCAUUUUAGCUAUCUUCAGCUGUUAGGAUUUACUUGAAAAAUAUCCUCAUUAUGUUUGCAUAAACUUGUUUAUGACAUCUUGCUGCAUUUUUUAAAAUGUUAAAAUGCUUUAUAGCAACCACUUCAAAAAUAAUGGUUAUAAAUUUAAAAGUCUAAAUAGAGCUGACAAAUUAUUUUGAAAUAUAUAAGUAUUUUCUAUUUUUUGUACAAAAUAGAGGAAAUCUAUCAUAACUGCAUGCCUAAAUUUCUACAGGCUCAGAGGGUUAUAGCUUGUAUUUCUGCAGUUCUUAUGUGAAUUGUUUCAAGAGUUUUGUUAUUUGUAUUUAUUCUCUUGUGCUGUUCUUGAAAUGUUUUCACAGGUGGACACUCCUGUUGCUCUUUAACAGAAAUCCUAAUUAUUUCUUACUUCUUUCUGCAUAUGCUGUUAGUAUUGCCAGAGUAACAAUAACCAAAAUGAUUAACAUUGUACAGUGCUCUUUGAACAUGGGACUAAAAACAAACCUGUGCUGUGUACACCUUGCUUUGGCCAACACAUUUGUUCCUUUCUGUCCUUAUGACAUUAAAUUAAUGCAAUUAGUUAAUCAGU